CAUUGAGGAUUCCCCCUAAAAUACUCAGGUUAUGUUGGUCUACUCCAAAAUGUUGACAGGCGAAAGAAAAGAACUGGAUUCCAUAUAAAGAAAAAAUAAUUAAUCGUGAAUUUUUGUCGUUUGAACACAUUUUUAUUCGGGAUAGAUCAUGGGACUGUUGACAGUAUUGAAGAAAUUGAAGCAGAAGGAGAAGGAAAUGAGAAUUCUUAUGCUCGGAUUGGACAAUGCAGGAAAGACAACAAUCCUAAAACGAAUAGUGGGCGAGCCAAUAGACACGAUUUCCCCGACCCUCGGCUUCAACAUAAAGACCCUGGAGCACCGUGGCUACAAGCUCAACAUCUGGGACGUGGGGGGUCAGAAAUCUCUGCGAUCCUACUGGAGGAAUUACUUCGAGAGCACCGAUGGACUGAUCUGGGUGGUGGACAGUGCUGACAAGCGUCGUCUCGAGGACUGCAAGGCGGAAUUAUACAAAUUGCUGCAGGAGGAGAGGCUCCAGGGGGCCAGUCUCCUGAUUCUAGCCAAUAAACAGGAUCUACCUGGUGCACUGUCAGCAGCGGAGAUCGCCGAGGUCCUGGAACUCCCUGGCAUCAAGACACACCACUGGCAGAUCCUCAAAUGCUCUGCUGUCACUGCUGAGAACCUCGUGGAGGGGAUUGAUUGGAUCCUAGAUGACAUCGCUGCGAGGAUUUUUUAUCUCGAUUGAAAAGACAAGUCGAUUGCUCAUUGAUUAAAUUCAUGAGGAAUUAUGAAUUAAUUGGUGAUUUAUUUCAGUAGCGAAAUGGUCAAACGAUUCAAGUCGAUUUUGGCUAUUGACCAGUUUUCAAUGAAUAUCUCG